AUGCAAGGCGAAGUACUGAAGAGAGUUGAAAAGUUUAAGUACCUUGGAUCACUGGUAUCCAAGGAUGGAGAGAAGGAUUCGGAAGUUACACAUAGAGCGCGGGCAGGUUGCAUGAACUGGAGAAAGAUGUCUGGUGUUUUGCAUGACAAAAAGAUAAGCGCAAGGGUUAAAGGCAAAUUAUACAAAACAACUGUUAGGCCGGCUAUGAUUUAUGGUUCAGAGACUUGGCCAAUGAAAAAGUCACAAGAAAGAAAGUUUGAGGUUGAGGAGAUGAAGAUGCUGAGGUGGAUGAAGACUGGCAAGGCCCACCUCCCCCGAGCCACCCAUUGUCUCCAGGGGGCUGGGGAGCGGGAGUUUGUACAAAGCCAGGGUAUGCCCACACACCAUUGGUCCAUGACCUUGUACCUCUGA